AUGGAGGUACUAAAGAUGGCAACUUUUGGAGCAACUCUCCUCACAUUGAUAGCAGUCCUGCUGCACAUAGAGAGCUGUCAGGGGAGUGUAGUUAAAGGAAAAGGCAGCUCACCGCUAAGGUUCACGCACCAUCUCUACAACGCCACCAUCAAUGAGAACUCCGUCCCACAGACUUACAUCGAGACACCAGUGAAAAUGGGCAUCGAAGUGUUAGAUCUGUUCUGGGAGAUCGAUUAUAAUGUCGUCUCAGGUGAUGAUGACAGCCUUUUCCAAGCAGAGGCAGUAAAAGUUGGAGAUUUCUGCUUCCUCAGGAUCAAAACACGCAGCAGUUACUCAGCACUACUCAAUAGAGAAGUCAGAGACACUUACACUCUCACUGUAGAGGCAACUGAGAGCACUUUUGACUUGCAGGCGAAGACAAAGGUGUUCAUCCAGGUGCUUGACACCAACGACCUCAAGCCUCUCUUCUAUCCCGCCUCGUACAGCGUCGCCAUCAGAGAGGACACCCCGCUUAAGUCGAGUGUGGUCAGAGUCAGUGCUACAGACGCAGACAUUGGGAGCAAUGCUGAGUUUUAUUACACAUUCACCAGCAGAGCUCAUCCUUUUGUGGUCGACCCUUUCACAGGCACAGUCAGCCUUGUCAAACAGCUCAAUCACACCCGAGCGAGGGGGUACAACCUCACUGUUUUAGCUGAAGACAGAACAAAGAAGAUAUCUGGGGUUCAGAAAUUUGGGAAUGUUGCCAGGGUCACAGUAAACGUACAAAAAAUGUCAAAAUCUUUUCCUGUUAUCACCCCUCUCCCAAAGCCCACAGUCUCCACGGAUGGCAAAAUAACUAUCGAUGUCCACGUGGAGGCAGGAGUUAAGCCUGUGGAAUCCCUUCAUAUUGUUCGAGGGGAUCCCCACAAGUAUUUUGAGAUAAUCCCCUUAGGUGUGCGUGGAAGUGACUUCCAAGUGAUCUCCACAAAGAGGAUUAUCUGGUCUCAAAAUCCUUUUGGGCUAAAUCUGUCCCUUCAAGCUAAAGACAGGAGUUUGCCAAGUUUGCUUUCUCCAAUUAUCCAAAUUCAUGUACCGGCAUAUCAUUACAACCCCUUGGCAUUUCUUGAAGACACCUAUAUUGUGACGCUGAGCGAGUUUUCACCCCCUAAAACUCACGUAGUUAAGGUUUCAGUCAAUCCAGUGCCACAAAAUGUGACUUUCAGCAUCAAAAAUAAUGCAGACAGCGGCAAAUUUAAGAUCAAUCCUAAAACAGGAAUCAUCAUAACCACAGAUAAGUUUGACUAUGAGAGAAAGAACCGUUUUGAGUUUGAUGUAUUGGCCAAUCACGGCGAAGCUGAGACCCAUAUAGUGGUUAGGAUAUCAGAUGAAAAUGACAAUAGUCCAGAGUUUACCCGGACUUCGUAUCAGGCCACAUUGGAUGAAAACAGCCCUGUUGGCAGCAGUGUUUUGAAAGUAUCAGCCACAGACAAAGAUAAAGGCAAGAACGGCUUAGUGACAUACUCUAUCGCCAACUCAGGUCCUUUGCCUUUCACGAUAGAUCCAUUCACGGGGGUAAUUUCAACCUCUGAGCACUUAGACUACGAGUUAAUGAAGAGGCGGUACCACCUUAGAAUUUGGGCCUCAGACAGUGGCACCCCUUUCAGUCAGGUCAGCGAGUGCCCCGUGACUAUCACCCUGAAUAACAUCAACGAUAACAUCCCUUUGUUUGAGAGGGUGGGCUGUAACGCUACAGUACCUCUAGACCUACCAGUCGGACAUACAGUCGCCGAGCUGUCAGCCAUUGAUUUAGACGAGCUGCAGCAGCUGAGGUAUGUCAUCGAGUCUGGAAAUGAGCAUGAAAUAUUUGCAAUUGACUCAGUUUCAGGAGCAAUCACCCUUAAGAAACCGAUUCCCCUGGGAUCGGGUUCUUUUACUUUUAGAGUCGUAGCCACAGACGGAAAACAUCACUCUGAGGUUUCAGUGGUCAGGAUAACUGUGACCAACAGAGGUGACGACCCUACCCUCCACUGCCGGGAAACUGGCAUCUUCAAACAGCUAACUGACAAGCUCAUUGAGUCGAUCAAACCCAUUUUGACCAAUCAAGAGGAAGACGCUUUCUCUGACGUCCACAUCACCAAUCGUCAUUCCCCAAGGUUUGACCUGAGCAUCCCAGGUUCCAUCGACCUCAUCGAAGACCACCCGUUGAAUUCAGCCAUUGUUCAGUUCAAGGCAACAGACUCCGACACUGGGUUUAACAGCAAACUCGUCUACGCCAUAUCAAGCGGGAAUGAAGAUGGCUGUUUUUCCAUCGACACGUUUUCAGGUGACCUUCAGUUAGUGUGCCCAUUGGACAGAGAAAUUAAAGAGUUCUACAUCUUAAACAUCACCGUCUAUGAUUUGGGAACACCGCAGACGUCUGCAUGGAAGUUUGUUGCAGUGAAUGUCAUGGAUGUCAACGAUAAUCCUCCUGCUUUUGAUCAGCCCAGGUAUGUGAUACGUGUGCCUGAAAACACAGAGCCAGACUCUAUUGUGUUCACAGCUCAAGCGAUGGACCCUGAUCUCGAUACAAGCGGUAACAUCAAAUACUCCCUGCUGACAUCUUCUGACGUGUUUAGAAUUGAUGAACUGACUGGUGAAGUGACGAUGAUGGGUCGAUUGGAUCGAGAAACCUCACCAAGGCAUGACCUUUUGAUUGAAGCAAGAGACCAAGCCAAAGUUGGCCUCCAGUUGUUCUCUAUGAUGGAACUUGUGGUAGUUUUACAGGACAUAAAUGACAACCCACCCAAGUUUACGCCCAAAGUUUACAAAGUAAAAGUCCCAGAGGAUAUACCUGUAGGGACUGUUCUCGUCUGGGUUGAAAGCGUCGACCUUGACCUGGGCAGUGGAGGCCUCGUCACCUACAACCUGAAGAAUUCAGAGAGCGGGAUCUUUCAACUUGACUCCUCCACGGGUGCUUUGACCCUCGAGAGAGAGCUGGACUUUGAGAGGAGGCCGGUUUACAACCUCACAGUCCGCGCUGUCGAUCAUGGCCUGCCCCGCUCCCUUUCGUCAUCCUGCUUUGUUGAGAUCCAGGUUCUGGAUGUGAACGAGAACCUCGAUAGGCCUGUGUUCUCAGAGUUUGUGUAUGAAGCAGGAGUCAUGGAGGAUGCACCAGCAGGAACAUCUGUUGUCACACUCCAAGCCACUGACAAGGAUCAAGGAAGAGAUGGAGUGGUCCGGUACCACAUCCAUGAAGGCUCUGGUCUUGGAGUCUUCACCAUUGACGAGGAAACAGGUGUGAUCCGAACGACUGAGAAGUUGGACCGCGAGACAAAGCCUCACUACUGGCUUUCUGUUUAUGCUACUGACCUGGGCACAGAGCCUCUGAUGUCCUGGACACACGUCUACCUGGAGGUCCUGGAUGUAAACGAUAACGCUCCAGAGCUUUCACAGCCGAUUUAUUUCGCGUCUGUCCCGGAGAACGUGGACAACGUGAAAUCAGUGGUCCAGGUGUCGGCCACAGACGUGGACGCAUCCUCUGAGGGGAUGCUGACCUUCCAGAUGCUGGAGUCUCAUCGAACGUACUUUAAUGUGGAUCCUAAAACAGGUGUGAUCAGCACUCACUCGGCCCUGGAUCGGGAGAAUAAAGCGGAGCACAGUGUCGAGGUCAUUGUUUCUGAUAAUGGAUCGCCGUCUUUGCGCUCCACUGCCACCGUCGUGAUCAAAGUCCUAGACGCCAAUGACAACCGACCCAAGUUCACCGACAAACUCUUCCACGUCACACUGCCUGAACAGAGGGAGCAGGCCGGUAAACAGGAAGUCUGCAGGAUGUUCGCCCGUGACGAUGACGAGGGCUCCAACGCCGUUGUGACCUACAGGCUCCACGACAACAAGGAUGAUCGGUUUGAGAUCGACUCAGUGACGGGGGUAGUGACAGCACACGGGGAUUUCUGGCCUCGAAACUACACCAUCCUCACGAUUAAAGCUACAGACAAGGGCAGCCCACCCCGCUCCUCCACAGCGAGACUCGACAUCGAGUGGAUCGCCCGCCCCCCACCCUCCGACGAGCCAAUCACCUUCGAUGAACCCCACUUCACCUUCGCAGUCAUGGAGACGGAGCCUGUUACUCACAUGGUGGGCAUCAUCAUGACUGAGACGCACCGGCAGAAGUGGUUCGAUAUCACAGGUGGCGAUGAGGGGAAGGACUUUGACAUUCAGAGAAACACAGGAACCAUCUCCAUUGCCCGUCGACUCGAUGCAGCACGGCGCUCCAACUACAACAUGACGGUGCGAGUCACUGACGGCCACCACAGCGCCACCACACAGGCCUACAUCCGUGUCCUGGACAUGAAUGAGCAUCGCCCUGUCUUUCUGAAACCACUGUACGAGGUGAGGGUUCCUGAGGAUACUUCGCCCUGGAAGGACAUCCUGCAGAUCAGCGCCGAGGACGCCGACACCAACAGUAAACUGGUUUACUCCAUCCAUAGCAGCCUCCACCCUGACAGCACCAAGCUCUUCCAUCUGGACCCAAAGAGCGGAGUGCUGGUGAUGACAGAGGAGCUGGACUAUGAGAAGAUCACUGUUCACACGCUCAUCGUCAUGGUGCGUGACCAGGAGAUCCCAGUGAAGAGGAACUUUGUGAAGGUGGUGGUUCAUGUGGAGGACUGUAACGACCACUCGCCAGCGUUCCUCAGCCCCCGCUACGAGGCCAGCAUCUCCAACCUGGCCCCCACAGGCUCCGAGGUGAUCCGGGUCAAGGCCCUGGACAAGGACAUGGGCAGCAAUGCUGACAUCAGCUACUCUCUGCAUUCUGGAAAUAUCGACCACAUCUUCUCCAUCGAUUCAGAGCUGGGCUCCAUCACUGUGUCCAAACGGUUGGACAUCCAGCCUCAGGACACCUUUCACCUGAUGAUUAAAGGGACCGACCAGGGCUUCCCUCAGCGCAGUGACCUCUGCUCCGUCCACAUCAACAUUCGCAUCUCUGACCACACCCCACCUACCUUCCUGUCUGAUGAAUACCUAACAGAGAUCAGUGAAUUAAGCACUCUGGGAACUCCUGUCAUCACCAUUGCAGCCUCAAGCCCAGGUGCAGUGCAUUAUGGGAUAGAAAGUGGCAACCCAAAUGGGACAUUUCAUAUCAACCCCUUUACUGGUUUGAUUUCAGUCCAAAAUCACCUUGAUUUUGAGAACGUGGCCUCCUACAAGCUCAAAGUUACAGCUACAACGACCGCUGGUGCCUCUUCAAAGACUCUCGUUCAUAUCUAUGUGAUUGACGAGAACGACAACGCUCCUGUUUUUAAGCAAAGAGAUUACCUUGGGCAUAUAAUUGAGUCCGCUCAUAUCAACAGCAUGGUUAUGGGUGAAGAGAACAUCCCUCUGGUCAUCCAAGCUUCAGACGCAGACAAAGACUCAAAUUCUCUUCUGGUGUAUCAGAUCCUUGAACCAGAGGCCCUGAACGUCUUCAAGAUAGACCCAAGUAUGGGCACCAUCUCUCUAAUUUCACCUGUUGACUUUGAAACCAAGGAUGAGUACCAAUUCACCGUGCAGGUAAAGGACUCUGGGGAGCCAUCACUGUAUGCAGCAGAGCCCGUCAAGGUCAUUGUUCUUGUCCUGGACCUGAAUGACUGCCCACCACAAUUCGCCACCCCAGUGUACGAGGCAUCCAUCAUCUUCCCAGCUGUCACAGAUACGGAGGUUGUGCACGUCAUGGCCCAUGACGCCGACUCCGCAGUCUCAUACAGCAUCGCCGAGGGGAAUCUUCACAAUGCCUUUUCAAUUCACCCCAAUAGUGGAGUCAUCACUGUGAGCAAUGUGUCUGAAUUUAGACCAUUUUACCAGCUUACUGUCAAAGCCUCUGAUAACCUCUACAAAGACCUGGCUACUGUAAAAGUGAAUGUGACAAACCUAACAGCCAGUGGUCUUGGAUUUGAGCAACAUUUUUAUUCAGCAAGUGUCACAGAAAACCUAAAGACUGGCAAAACGUUGGCAGCACUCAAAGCUACGGGGUCUUACUUAAAUGAACCUCUUUUGUUUUCUGUGCUAAAUCCAAAUGGGAAGUUUGCAAUUUCCCAAACAUCAGGCAUUCUUGAAACAACAGGCAUCCCCUUUGACCGUGAGACACAAGACGUUUAUGAUGUAGUUGUGAAAGUACAAGACAUGAGAACUCCACCAAGGACAGCCACUACCCAGGUUAAGAUUUUUAUAGAUGACAUGAAUGACAACUCACCACAGUUUCUAAACUUGCCCUUUUCAAUGAUGAUUUCUGAAAGUGCUGAUCCAGGAGAUGUCUUAUAUCAAGCAACCGCUAUUGACAGAGAUCUUGGAGAGAAUGGCUCUAUUAUGUACUCACUGGAGGAGGACUACGACCUCUUCAGGAUAGAUCCUGACGUAGGGGAUAUAUCUCUUAAAAGACCUCUUGAUUUUGAGGCUUUGAAUAAGUAUGUGUUGACAGUCCUGGCCAUAGAUGAAGGCGUGCCUAGUCACACCACAGCAGCAGAGCUCAGCAUCCAAGUUAGGAAUCAAACCAACCCAAUUUUCCAGACUCUUCUGUAUCCACUGAAAGUCCCAGAAAAUGUCCCUCCAUUCACGACCAUCUUGCACGUCCAGGCUAGAAAUCCAGAAGGAUACCGGCUCAUCUACAACCUUGAGGAAGAAAACGCUACAAAAAAUUUUCACAUUGAUUUCAAAACUGGUGUGCUGACUGUGACGAACCCUCUGGACUAUGAAAGCCAAACCAUGCAUGUGCUGACAGUACGAGCAUCUGACUCUGUGACUGGAGCUUUCUCUGAAGCUUCCAUUGAAAUUGAAGUGGAGGACGUGAACGAUAACGCCCCAGUUUUCUCAACGCUAACGCACUCUGUGGACAUACAAGAGGGGCUUCAAAUAGGCACCUCUGUCAUACAACUGUCUGCCUCUGAUGCAGACUCUGGUAGAAACAAAGAUCUGACCUUCGAAAUGGUUCAAACAGGCACAAAUGAGACUGAUUUCUUUGAGGUAGACCCUCAAAGUGGGUUGAUCGUCACAAAACAAGUGCUAGACCAUGAAACAACAAAACACUACAAUUUAAAGGUCAAAGUUACAGACAACGGCACAGUCCCUCUCAGUAGCGAAGCCUACGUCUUCAUAAAUGUCACAGAUGUCAACGACAACCCGCCAGACUUUGAUAGUUCCCAGUAUGAAGCCACACUGGAUGAAUCCGCAAAAUGUGGCCACAUUGUUAUCAAAAUCCAAGCUUCAGAUCCCGACACCGGUGAUCUAAACAACCUCAAGUACAAAAUCCUCUCAGGGAACGAAGGCCGGUACUUCAACAUCAACGAAUCCUCAGGGAUCAUCUCCUUUUCUAAUGUUUGUAAGAGGAAUCUGGAUCCAUACUACAACCUGACAGUUGCGGUAUCUGAUGGAGUUUUCCAGAAAACAGCACCGGUAAAUAUUGACAUGAUAAACAGCAACAGGCACAGUCCAUACUUCAAGCAAAACAUCUACGAAGCAGAGCUUGCUGAAAAUGCUGAGGCAGGAACUCGUGUUAUCCGAUUGGCAGCGAUUGACCCUGAUGAUGGGCCUUAUGGCAGCGUGGAUUACACAAUCAUCAACAAACUUGCUGAUGAGAAGUUUGCCAUCGACAAUGAUGGACAGAUUAUUACAACACAGCCUUUGGACAGAGAGAGCCCAUCACAGAGAGUCAUUGCUAUCAAAGUCAUGGCAAAAGAUGGUGGUGGAAAAGUGGCUUUUUGCACUGUCAAGAUUAUCCUCACAGACGAGAAUGACAACGUCCCUCAGUUCAAGGCAACAGAAUACCAAGUCUCUAUUCAGUCCACUGUGAAUAAAGGCUCCCCAGUUAUUCAAAUCAUGGCAUAUGAUGCAGAUGACGGCAAAAACGCAGAUGUCACCUACACUGUAGACGAAGCUGAAGAGGUGACUGAAGACAUCAUCGAGAUCAACCCUUUCACCGGGGUUGUGAGUGUCAAAGAGAGUCUUGUUGGCAUGGAGAACAAGAUCUUUAAUUUCAAAGUCAAAGCCCGUGAUGGCAGCCUUCCCUUCUACAACUCCACAGUCCCUGUUCAGGUCAAAGUAGUUCCCCCGGAGGUUCCUCUACCAAAGUUCUCAGAGCCUCUCUACACCUUCUCAGCUGCAGAGGAUGUACCCAUCGGGACGGAGAUUGGCUUUGUGAAGGCCGACUCAAAAACACCGCUCAUUUACAGCCUGGUGAACGGGAACACUGUGGAGAGCAACAAAGACAAAGUGUUCAGUUUGGAUCAGGAAAGUGGGACUUUGCUGUUGCAGAAGCCCAUCGAUCAUGAGAAGACAAAAUGGUAUCAGAUCGACGUGAUUGCUCAGGGCAACCACAACGGGACUGAUGUCGCAUCGCUGGUGUCCGUCAGCAUCCAGGUCCAGGAUGUGAACGAUAACCAGCCGGUGUUUGAUGCAAACCCAUACAGGGCCUUCCUGGCUGAGAACAUGCCUGCUGGAACCACUGUCAUCCAGGUGACCGCCAACGACCCGGACACAGACACCAAUGGGCUUGUAACCUACAGCCUGGAGUCUCUACCUGAUGACACAGCGGACAUCACAGAGGUGUUCACCAUUGAUGGAGAGAGCGGCUGGAUCACCACUGUCAGAGCCACAGACUGCGAAUCGACCAGAGUUUACAGGUUCAACGUGGUUGCCACUGACCAUGGCAGCGAUGUCAAAUUGUCAUCCAGUGUCCUAGUAGAGGUGACGGUGACAGACGAGAACGACAACCCUCCAAAAUUCUCCGAUGAAGUGUACCGUGGCUCGGUAGUUGAGAACAGCAGCCCAGGGGAGGUUCUUGUCUCCAUGAUUACCACAGAUGCUGAUGUGUCAUUGGAGAACCGGCUGGUGACCUGUUACAUAACAGACGGAGACCCUCUGGGCCAGUUUGCCAUCAUCCAGGAGGACGAGGGUCAGUGGGGUCUGAUCCUGAAGGAACCUCUGGACAGAGAGACUAAAGACAGAUACACACUCAGGGUCACGGCCACAGAUGGGAAGUUUGAAGCCCCGGUUAUUGUGGACGUCCAUGUGCUGGACAUCAAUGAUAACAGUCCUCUGUGUGAGCAGCUGGUGUACACAGAGACAGUGAUGGAAAACUCGCCCUCCAGCAUGUUCGUGCUGAAGGUGUCGGCUUCAGAUCCAGACGUGGGAGCUAAUGGGCAGAUCUCCUACACCUUGCACGGUCCGGACUCAGACAAGUUCCAUCUCGACAGCAGGACGGGUGAGCUUUUCACUCUGGCUGUGCUGGACAGAGAGAAGGAGGUCGACUAUAACCUGGUGGCUAAGGCAACCGACGGCGGGGGGCGGUCAUGUCAGGCAGACAUCCUGCUGAUGGUCCAGGACAUGAACGAUAACCCGCCUCGCUUCUCCUCCAGCCACUAUGAGGUCACCGUGUUUGACAACACCACCGUCAGGACACCCAUCGCCGUCGUGUACGCCAAGGACCCAGACACAGGUAUAAACUCAGAGGUUAAAUACUCCCUCCUGGCAGGCGACAGCGGCUACUUCUCUCUGGAUGAGUUUUCUGGGAUCCUGCGUCUGGAGCGUCCUCUGACUCCUGACACCCCGCCCACUUUCGAGCUGAAGGUGAAGGCCACCGAUCGCGGCCUGCCUCGUCACCUCUAUUCCGUCGCCACGGUGACAGUGGACGUGGUGUCCCUGGAUGAUUACCAGCCCGUCUUCCUCAGCUCAGAGUAUACGGCUCAGCUCCCAGAAUCCAUAGCAGUGGGGUCAGAGGUGCUUAGCGUCUCGGCUCUGACGAGAGACGGCGGAGGGCCAGACCCGGUCAUGUAUCGCAUCGUGUCUGGAAAUGAGGAUGGACGAUUUCUGCUGGACUCACGGACAGGUCUCCUGACCCUCAUUGCUCCGCUGGACUAUGAAGUUUCCCGGGAGCACUACCUGUCUGUGGAGGGGAGCCGAGGCAAGUCGUCCCUCAGUGACAUCACCACAGUGAUCAUCAAUGUGACAGACGUGAACGACAACGCGCCGGUGUUUGGACGAGGCGACUACAGCACAGAGAUACUGGAGGAUCUGACGCCUGGAAGCCUGGUGAUGAAGGUGACAGCCACUGAUCUGGAUGGUCCCAUCAACAAUCUGCUGCGUUACUCCAUAGUGAGCGGAGACCCUCUGCAGCAGCUCUCCAUUGACCCUCGUAGUGGGGAAAUCACCGUCCGCACUGGGCUGGACAGAGAAGAGGUCCCUCAUUACUCUCUGACAGUGCAGGCAGCAGAUGAAGGCAAUCCUCCUCUCUCCUCGGCCGUUCACAUCUCCAUCACCGUCACUGACGUCAACGACAACCCACCGGUCUUCUCGCAGAUCAACCACAGUCUGAUGCUUCAGGAGGGCGAGUCAGUGGGCAGCAGCAUCCUCCAGCUCGUGGUCACUGACAGAGACACGCCCAAGAACGGCCCGCCUUUCUCCUUCCACAUCGUCAGCGGCAACGAGGAUCGCCGUUUCCACGUUGACCAGGGAGGCCUUCUGUCUCUGUCUGCUCCCCUGAGAAAAAAGGCCAAACCCCAUCACCAGCUCAAGAUUCAGGUGACAGACAGCGGCCAUCCUCCCCUCUCCUCCAUCUGUGUGGUCAACAUCAAUGUCACCGAGCAGAGUAAGUACCCCCCCUCUGUGGUGCCUCUAGAGGUCUUCAUCACCACCUCAGGCGGGCUGUUUGCCAACCGGGUCAUCGGCAGACUCCACGCCUCAGACCAGGACCUGCAGGACGUCCUGACCUACAAGCUGGUGUCAGAGCAGCCGGAGAAGGGCAGGUUCUCUGUCGACCUCACUGACGGUAAAAUCUGGGCGGAUGAAAACCUGGAGGAGGGCACGUACUCGCUCAACGUCAGCGUGACCGAUGGGAAGUUCAGCGUCUGGACCGGGGUCAAAGUUCACGUCUGGGUGGCCGAUCAGAGGGCGCUGGACUCCGGCCUGACCCUGCAGCUGGUCGGUUUGUCUCCAGAGGAGUUUCUGGGGGAUCACUGGAGAGGACUCCAGCGCAGUCUGGGACAGGCGCUGGGUUUACCCCGACAGGAGCUACACCUGGCCAGCCUGCAGCAGCUACCUGAGGCCCAGGUCCUGGAGGCGCUGCUGAUCUGGAGGCCUCAGAGUGGACACAUUCAGUCUCUGCCAACCAGCAAACUAGCAGGUAUUAUAUCAGAUAUGGAGGACUCUCUGGGCCUCAGCAUCCUCAGGGUGAGCCACAACGGGUGUCUGGGUACGGGCUGCCCGCCUCGAGGCUGCAGAAACGCUGUCCGACUGAAAGGAGAAAGACUGAGCCAUUUCACCACGGCUAGAGCCGGUUACAUCACCCCGCAACACACCUGGGAGAGCAUCUGCCCCUGUAACGAGUCAGCAGUAAGGUUUGAUGGGAAAUCCUACCUGAAAUACCUCCACAGGAUGGACGAGGACAACCAGGAAUUCAGACUGGCGCUGAGGUUUAAGACUUCACAGAAACAAGGCCUCAUCGUGUCAACCAACAGCACCAAGGACUGGGGAACGUUACAGCUGACAGACGGAGAGCUGCAGUUCAGGUACAGCUGUGGAAACUCUGCACCUGGUUCCUUACACAUCAGAUCAGCUCCAGCCUCAGACAGCCAGUGGCACAGCGUCCUGCUAGAGGUCAGCUCCUCUGCCCUGAGACUGACCCUGGACCAGCACCAUCCAGCCUUCACCCCACUGACCGAGCCAUGCAGGAUGAUGGGCUCCCACGGGGCGCUCCUCUUUGCUUCUCUCACUCAGGGCUCUGCUCCUGAGGGUGACCAGCAUCCGUUCAUCGGCUGCCUCGAGGGCCUGGAGCUCAGCGGGGAGCCAAUAAGAGUGGGUGACUCUGAGGAGUGGACGGGGCCGGGGAGCAGGAGGGUGUUCGGGAUUUAUCAGUGCUGCAGCAAGGCCGGAGCCUGUGACAACAACCCGUGUCAGAACGGAGGAGUGUGUGAAGAGGACUCCAGCGGAGAGGCGCGCUGCAGGUGUGCAGGACUCUUCCACGGUGCCCGCUGCGAGUUCCCCGACAACCCGUGUGCCUCCCAGCCAUGUGCCCACGGCAGGGUGUGUGUACCCAAGGCCCAAGGUUACAUGUGCAACUGCUCGCUGGAUGACACUGAUGCACGGUGCCAUAAUCAAAUAGAGGUCUGUUCACCCAAUCCCUGUCCAGGAGGCUUUGACUGUAAAGUCACCGAUGGCUCCAUCCACUGCGACCCUCUGCCUCAGGUAUCUCCAAUGAUUGGGUACAUGGAAAUCAUGGAGAUCAGCGUCAGUGUGCUUGGACUACUCCUCUUAGUCGCCAUCUUUGUUUGCAUCAGGAAACGUUACGUUCAGCAGAAGAAGAAGAAGCCUGUCUGUGUCCAAGACUCCAAUGGCUAUUUCCAGUCCAGUCUGACCAAAAGCCUCAAAGCUGACAGCCAGGAGGGGAAUCCCAUAGAGAUGAGCUCAAUGAUGGGUACGACCAACGACCUGGACCACACGCCGUUCAGGUCACUUCGCCCACGCAGUCAGAUUGGACCAUCAGGAGGCGGAGUUUCCUCUCCAAAGACGCACGGGCCCGUUGUGUGCAGCGUAGCACCUAACCUUCCUGCGAGGCCGCCAUCUAGCUCUGACAACGACUCAAUCAGGAAGAACCACUGGGACAUGGACUAUGAAGUCUAUCCUGCCGAUCCGGACUACUAUGGCCGCCCUGUGGUCCAGGAGUUCCCCCAGUUUGACAUCGUAGAGGACACCUACUCCACCUCCACCACGGACUCACGGAGGAACUCCCGAUUCGGUGGCUUCCCCUUCCCACUGGAACGCGUCGACCGCCGUGCUCCCCUCCCGCCCUGCUACAGCAACCAGAACCUGGACGACUUCCUCGGUCCUGACGGGCUUCCUCUUCCGAGCUCCCAGUGUCCCAACGAGUACACUGCCAUCAGCUACUACCCAACCAAACACGCGCGAAGCCUCGACAACGUCUCGGGAGGCUACAAGAGACUCAGCAUGCGUUUGAGCAUGGCAAUGCCUUCCUACGCAGAGCAGGCAGUCACGCCGCCACCAACAUCCUCGAACCCUGCCCAGCCUCAAACGAGACCAGCGGGGCAGAACCCACGAAGCUAUGAUGGGUCAAGUAUGGUGGAAAGCGAUUACGGGAGCUGUGAAGAGGUCAUGUUUUAA